AGCAUCGGCCUCGCUCUAGCAGACACGCUGGAUGAUCUGAUCGGCAGCCGGCGCAUCGAACCCCAGCUCGCCAUUCGCAUCAUGCAGAACUUCGACCAGAGCAUCGCAACGGUGCUAGGGGAAAAGGUGAAGGCCAGGAUGACUUUCAAGGGCCACCUAGAUACCUACCGCUUCUGCGACGAAGUCUGGACGUUCAUCAUCAAAGACAUCCACUUCAAGAUGGACGGGAACAACCAGUUCGACGCCGAGAAGAUCAAAAUCGUGGCCUGCUUGGCCAAGGAUAAGACGGCGGCAUAG